CUCGCCAGCAGUAUGGUGCCGGCUCAGGGGCUGUGCCUGGGCUGAGGCUCAGCCAGGCUUCUGGGCUCCUGCCUGGGGCGGGGGGUGGCUGCGGUCUCGGGGCGGGGAGCGGGCCUGCCCACCGGCUUCUGUGCCGGGUGCCACCCGCAUCCACACGUCCCCGGGGCGUGGCUGUAUCUGCGGGACCGGGAAGCGUAGCCGGCCGUGCGCUGCAUCCCCGACGCGCUCGGUGCUUCGGGCCAGCCCCGAGCCGCCACCAGGCGCACCCCCGAGGCCUGGGUGCCCGCCAUCCUCCCCGCUCCAGAUUCCUCCCCUCGCAGGUGGGAUCGUCGGUGGGACCGGAGCGCGGGAGGGCGCGGCCCCCGGGGACCAUGGCGGGGGCCGACACCGCGCCCUUCCUCAGCCAGGCGGAUGACACGGACGACCGGCCGGUGCCCGGCACCGCGGGGCUGCCGAGCUCCCUGGGGAACACGAAGUCCGAGCAUCCCGAGGUGCCGGACCGGGAGGGGCUGCAGCGCAUCACGGGCUUGUCUGCGGGCCGUUCGGCUCUCAUCGUGGCCGUGCUGUGCUACAUCAACCUCCUCAACUACAUGGACCGCUUCACCGUGGCCGGUGUCCUGCCCGACAUCGAGCAGUUCUUUGACAUCGGAGAUAGUAGUUCUGGCCUCAUCCAGACCGUGUUCAUCUCCAGUUACAUGGUGUUGGCACCUGUGUUUGGCUACCUGGGUGACAGGUACAAUCGGAAGUACCUCAUGUGCGGGGGUAUUGCCUUCUGGUCCCUGGUGACACUGGGGUCAUCCUUCAUCCCCAGAGAGCGGUUCUGGCUGCUCCUCCUGACCCGGGGCCUGGUGGGGGUCGGGGAGGCCAGCUACUCCACCAUCGCUCCCACCCUCAUCGCUGACCUCUUUGUGGCCGACCAGCGCAGCCGGAUGCUCAGUGUCUUCUACUUUGCCAUCCCGGUGGGCAGUGGUCUGGGCUACAUUGCAGGCUCCAAAGUGAAGGACAUGGCUGGGGACUGGCACUGGGCUCUGAGGGUGACGCCGGGGCUGGGUGUGGUGGCCGUUCUGCUGCUGUUCCUGGUGGUGCGGGAGCCACCACGGGGGGCUGUGGAGCGCCACUCAGACUCCCCACCGCUGACCCCCACCUCAUGGUGGGCGGACCUGAGGGCACUGGCCAGAAACCCGAGUUUCAUCCUGUCCUCCCUCGGCUUCACUGCUGUAGCCUUUGUCACGGGCUCCCUGGCUCUUUGGGCUCCGGCGUUCUUGCUGCGUUCCCGUGUGGUCCUGGGUGAGACUCCCCCAUGUCUUCCUGGAGACUCCUGUUCUUCCUCUGACAGCCUCAUCUUUGGGCUCAUCACCUGCCUGACCGGGGUCCUGGGCGUGGGCCUCGGCGUGGAGAUCAGCCGUCGCCUUCGUCGCACCAACCCCCGGGCCGACCCACUGGUAUGCGCCGCCGGCCUCCUGGGCUCCGCACCCUUCCUUUUCCUGGCCCUAGCCUGUGCCCGCGGGAGCAUCGUGGCCACCUAUAUCUUCAUCUUUGUUGGAGAGACGCUGCUAUCUAUGAACUGGGCCAUUGUGGCUGACAUCCUGCUGUAUGUAGUGAUCCCCACGCGACGCUCUACGGCCGAGGCCUUCCAGAUCGUGCUGUCACACUUGCUGGGGGAUGCUGGGAGCCCCUACCUCAUUGGCCUGAUCUCUGACCGCCUACGCCGGGCCUGGCCCCCCUCCUUCUUGUCUGAGUUCCGGGCACUGCAGUUCUCACUCAUGCUCUGCGCCUUUGUGGGGGCACUGGGUGGCGCAGCCUUCCUGGGCACGGCCAUGGUCAUCGAAGGCGACCGCCGGCGGGCCCAGCUGCAUGUGCAGGCAGGUCUGCUGCAUGAGGCGGGGCCUGACGACCGCAUCGUGGUUCCACAGCGGGGCCGCUCCACACGAGUGCCUGUGUCCAGUGUGCUCAUCUGAGAGGUCCCGGCGUCCACCUACACAGCUGCCUGGGGCUGUUGGACCCUUGUCCCAGCUCCAGAAGGACCUCUGGGUCAGGGCUCAGUGCCCGAACACUACGCCUGCUGCUAAGGGGAGGCAUGGGGUGCCAGGAGGGCCCUCCCUCCUCAGGGCAGCCCAGGGGGGCUCGGUGCUAUUUGUAACUGAAUAAAAGUUGUAGCAAGA